UGAAGAGCCAAAGAGAAACGCACAUAGAGAUAUAUUUUUUGAAAACACUUUUUCUUCCCUUCCGUUUUGCAGAGAGAUAUGGCUUCCUUUAUUGCAGAAGCCAAAAAAGCUCAUGCUGUAAGCAUUCCCUUCCCAGCUCAGGGCCAUAUAAAAGCAUUGCUUAAAUUCUCAGAGCUUCUUCAUCACAGAGGCUUUCACAUAACCUUCGUCAACACCGAGUUCAAUCACAGUCGUUUUCUCAAAUCUUUAGGCCCAAAUUCCCUCCAUGGCUUGCCCGACUUUCGUUUUGAAGCCAUUCCCGAUGGUCUUCCACCUUCUGAUGUACAAGAUGCAACCCAAGACAUAACUACUCUCUGUGACUUUAUCAGAAAGAAAUCCAUGGCCUUUCCAUUUCUUGAGCUCCUUACAAAGCUCAAUAAUAAUAAUCCUCCUGUUACUUGCAUAGUCUCAGAUGGGCUUAUGAUGUUCACCACCGCCGUUGCUCAACAACUUGGAAUCCCUGACGUUAAGUUUUUCCCUUUCUCUGCUUGCUCUUUCAUGGGAUUCAAACACGGUAGAUCUUUGCUGGAAAAAGGAAUCAUACCGCUAAAAGACGAGAGAUGUCUAACAAAUGGGUAUUUGGACACCAUUGUAGAUUGGAUUCCAGGAAUCAAAGAUUUCCGUUUGAAAGAUUUUCCAUCUUUCUUUCGAACUACGAAUCCAAACGACAUUAAGCUCAACUUCUCAAUUGAAAAAACAGAGGGACUUGACAAAGCUUCUGCAGUAAUUCUACAUACUUUUGAAGCUUUGGAACCAAACGUAUUGGAUACCAUUUCGUCUUUGUUUCCACAUAUGUACGUGAUUGGUCCUCUUCAACUUCUUCUCAAUCAUAUACCAAAAGACCCAUCAAAGGAAUUUGGUUACAGUCUUUGGAAGGAAGACACAGAGUGCCUUCGAUGGCUGGAUACUAAGCCAAAAAAUUCAGUGCUCUAUGUCAAUUUUGGUAGCAUAACAGUGGUAACAAAAGAUCAACUGGUUGAGUUUGGUAUGGGACUAGCAAAUAGCAAGCAACAUUUUUUGUGGAUAAUUAGGCCUGAUUUGGCUAUUGGUGAAUCAGCAAUUUUGCCUCCUGAAUUUGGGAUUCAAACUAAAGAAAGAGGUUUUGUAGAAAGUUGGUGUCCACAAGAACAAGUCCUUAAUCAUUCAUCAAUUGGUGGGUUUUUGACACAUUGUGGGUGGAAUUCAACCAUUGAGAGUUUAUCUGCUGGAGUGCCUAUGCUUUGUUGGCCAUUCUUUGCAGACCAACAAACCAAUUGCAGAUUUACUUGCAAUGAAUGGGAAGUGGGUAUUCAGAUUAAUAAUGACGUAAAGAGAGAUGAGGUAGAAAAGCUUGUGAGAGAAUUAAUGGAGGGAAAGAAGGGUAAGGAAAUGAGAAACAAAGCAAUAGAGUGGAAGAGAUUGGCUGAAGAGGCUACUGGUUCAAUUGGUUCUUCAUCCAAAAACUUGGAUAGGUUGGUGAAUCAAGUGCUUUUAAGAAAGCAGAAUUAGAAGAUAUAUAUUCUUGUUUUUCAGAAUGAAAUAUUAAUAGUAUUGUCAAAAUCACGCUCUCAGACAAUGAUACCGACUUUGUAUCUUAUACCUCUAGAAUAAAAAUAAUGAUAAUAAUAUUAAAUCAGAAAUAUUUUUGAUAUGAUUUAGAGUAUUUGGAGAUGUGUACUUUGGAAUGUUAUGGCUUGAUAGUCAAUGACACUGAGAUAUGUUUGAUAUUCCUUGGAAGAAGAUGACAUCUAUUAUAAAUCAGACACAAUUUCAAAUCGACAUUGUAUAUAGACCAACUUA